CACGGACCACAGGACAGUGUCAGCAUGGAUCAAAAACCUGACGAGCGCGUGCAAAGCCACAGGUGUGAGCUGCUGGAUCUGCCGUGGGAGGAUGUGUUAGUGAGUCAUGUGUUCUGUCAUCUACCCCUGCGUCUGCUAGUGAGCCUUCAGCGGGUCAGUAAGAGUUUCCGCUCACUCAUUCAGGUGUAUCUGGACAACUGCCGCACCUUCGACCCAGCACAGACGGGACCUCACAUUCCCCGUGAAGCCUUCUGCUCCAUCCUCCGCCACAACCAGGUCCUUCAGCACCUCAGCGUCACCAACUGCUCUGAUUGGAUCACAGACACAGAUCUGCUGCCUGUGAUUGGCCAGAACCAGCAGCUGCAGCAUGUGGACCUCCGUGGCUGCGCUCAGCUGAGCCGGCGUGCGCUGGUGGCCGUGUCUCUGAGCUGCCCGCGGCUGCAGCACCUCAGCCUGGCGCACUGCGAGUGGGUGGACAGUCUGGCGCUGCGCAGUCUGGCGGAUCACUGCCCGAUGCUGCGCUCGCUGGACCUCACCGCCUGCCGCCAGCUCAAGGACCCGGCCGUCUGCUACCUGGCAGGGAAGUGUCCGGAGCUGCGGGCGCUGUCGGUGGCUGUGAACGCCAACAUCACGGAUACCGCGGUGGAGGAGGUGGCCAAGAAAUGCAGAGAGAUGGAGAGACUGGACCUCACCGGCUGUCUGAGGGUCAGGAAUGAAGCCAUCAGGACGCUAGCGGAGUACUGCCCCAAACUGCAGUCCCUAAAAGUCAACCACUGUCACAAUGUGACGGAGUCGAGUCUGGGUGUUCUGCGGCGGAGGAACGUAGAGAUUGAUGUGGAGCCUCCCCUGCAGAGGGCGCUGGUGCUGCUGCAGGACGUGGUGGGAUUCGCCCCCUUCAUUAACCUGCAGAUUUAACACACACAGACACAAACACUACAGACCCUUCUGAAGUCCGUAAGAGGUGUUUUUAUUCUCUGGAGGUCGACUUUUGAAACACUUUUACACCAAUGCAUCAUCACAGAAGACACAACAUCAAAUGCUCAUUCAAGUGCUUGACUGGUUUAGUGAAUUAUAGCAUUUAAAAAGAGACUCUCUUUGGUUUGAAUACAAUCAUUUGGCUCUGGUCCUAUUAUACAUUGAACAAUAUGAACAUCGGUGGAAAUAUCUUAUUUAUUAAAGCAGCUUUUUACGUUGUCAUGCAAGAACCAAAAUGUUGUAUUGGUUUGCACUCAUGAAAUGCUGAAAUAUUUGCACUUUUUUUCAGUACAGCUUUACUGGACCGUCAGAUUUUCAUUAAAUGAGUCUGUCAAUUUAGUGCUGAUUUUAUUCUCAUUCACUUAAGAGAGAGGAAUGUCAUCGUAAUAUUAAGGAUUUCAUCUGUAGAUUGUCAUUUACACAUGAAUUGUAUAUGAAUAUAUUGACUCAUAUGCACUUUGAAGCCUCAGUUUGACUAUCAUUUAAGUCUUGGUUGACUAUUGUGUAUGUUUUAUCUGCAAAUAAGUGCACAGAAAUAUUACAAUCAACCUGGUUUUGCUCCUUAUGUUGAUAAAAUGUUAUAAACAUGCAAAAUUGACCACAUUAAAGCAUAUUUAUAUUGUGCGUUAAGUGUCAAUUACAGUAAUGUGCUUUUCUGUAUGUCACUGGUCUUUUGUAUCUGCUGCUUUAUUAUAAACAAUUCGAGGUGCAUCAUUUGUUUGUGAUUAUGAUCAUUUUAACAAUAUCAGAAUGUAUAUUAUUUUUUGCACAUGCAUUUUUGCUUUUGUAUAAUUCUGCAAGCGUGUGGUUGACUGUAAAUGAUUAAAUGCGAUGUUUGAUGCAAA